AUGUUUUCUACAAAUGAAAAAUGGUUCACAAUUUUCGUAAAUCUUCUAACCAUAAAUAGACAUUCAUUUAAUAUUUUCCUGGUUCUUGUCGUUCUUUUUUUUAGAACUAUCAAUGCCAAGCAUAGACAUUAUAACAAACCUGCCAAAAUAUGUACUAAUACCACUAAUACUGUAAUAUCUACUCCCACUCCUAGCCCUGAAGACAUAUGUUGUGGUUCUGGUAGAGCAUGUUAUAAAGAUUCUAUGUGUGAUAGAUAUGAAUUCAUCAAUUCUGUUGAUUAUUAUGGUAAAGUUGCUAAUGCAGUUUGUAAUUUCUAUAAGGAAAGCAAUUGCAGUCUAGGUUGGUCUAUCCCUUCUGAUAGUGUUGAAUAUGGAGUUGUAAAUUGUGGUUUUUGUAGAGUAUAA